UCUGUUCCUUCUUGUUUUCACUUUUGUUUUGGAUUGUUUUCGAAGUGGGGAACGGAAAAAGAAAAGAUUUUCAGCUUACCUGAGCUCCAAUUCGGCUGAAAAAUUUCAGGGUUGAGGGCGCUGGGCAUUCUUUUCUUCAAUUCUUCUUUCAGAAUGCUGAGAGAUUUGAAGUUCCUCCGUCGGAAUUCCGGCAAGCACGAGGAAGUCGAGAAUGUGCCCUCACAGCCUAACAGUUCAUCAGCAAUUCAACCCUGGGACCCCUCUCGGGCUCCGUUGAACGCUAUUCAAGAGCCUCCCCCAAACCCUAGACCUGAAGCCGAAGUUAGCACUAAAAGCAGAGUUGAUAGAACCCCAAGUAAGCCUAAGGUCAGAAAUGCAGAUCCCUCGUUGCCUUUUCGAACCCCAGAGAAGCAUAACUUGGCUGUUUCAUCUAAGAACCGGUUUGGGUGGGCCAAAAAUGAGAGCGGUCCAGUUACCGCUGACACGAAUGACGAUUCCAGGGGUGAUGAAAAAAACUUCUCGACUCAAUUUAGUCGGGGGAUCGGUGUAGGAAAUUUUGCAACUCCAAGGAUGACUAGGACGGUCGGAAGGGCGAAUUCUAAUUACUCCGAGAGUGCUUCCACGCAGAGCACACCGACCAAGAGCGUCAACAAGCCUCCCAGUGUUGGUUUUCGAAGUAAGUUAGACAGCAAUGGAGGCGGCCGCUGGGGAAAUUUUGCUGCAUUGUACAAAGGGAUUCCAAGCUCUAUUGGUCCUGCUACGGUUGUUAACACAGUUGAAGUGCCUCACUUUGACCUCAAGGAAGAUCCAUCAUUCUGGAUGGAACACAAUGUACAGGUUCUUAUCCGUGUCCGUCCCCUCAAUAACAUGGAACGGAGCACAUAUGGUUACAACAGGUGCUUGAAACAAGAAAGUUCUCAGAGCAUCACUUGGGUUGGCCAACCUGAAACUCGAUUUACUUUUGAUCAUGUGGCCUGUGAAACUGUGGACCAGGAAAUGCUCUUUAGAAUGGUUGGUCUUCCAAUGGUGGAGAAUUGCCUGUCUGGGUAUAAUAGCUGCAUGUUUGCUUAUGGUCAGACGGGAAGUGGGAAGACUUAUACAAUGCUUGGCGAGAUUGAAGACCUAGAACUGAAGCCGAGUACUCAUCGAGGAAUGACGCCGCGCAUUUUUGAGUUCUUGUUUGCAAGGAUUCAAGCUGAAGAAGAAAGCCGAAGGGAUGAGCAACUAACAUACAAUUGCAAGUGCUCUUUCUUAGAAAUUUACAAUGAACAAAUUACUGAUCUCCUCGAUCCUUCAUCUACAAAUUUGCUGUUGCGGGAGGAUGUCAAGAAGGGCGUCCAUGUAGAAAAUCUCUCUGAAUUUGAAGUACAGACAGUGACUGAUAUUCUAAAGCUGCUGACUGAGGGUUCCUCAAAUCGGAAAGUUGCAGCAACAAAUAUGAAUAGGGAAAGUAGCCGCUCUCACAGUGUCUUUACAUGUGUGAUAGAGAGUAGGUGGGAAAAAGAUUCUGCAACGAACCUAAGGUUUGCGAGAUUAAACCUGGUAGAUCUUGCUGGUUCUGAGAGGCAGAAGACAUCGGGCGCAGAAGGAGAUCGCUUAAAGGAAGCUGCCAACAUCAACAAAUCACUGUCAACUCUAGGUCAUGUAAUUAUGGUUUUGGUUGACGUGGCCAAUGGGAAACCACGACAUGUUCCUUAUAGAGAUUCAAGGCUAACCUUUCUACUCCAGGAUUCUCUUGGCGGAAACUCAAAAACCAUCAUUAUUGCCAACAUUAGUCCUUCGAUAAGCUCCUCUGCCGAGACAUUGAACACGUUGAAAUUUGCUCAGAGAGCAAAACUCAUACAGAAUAAUGCUGUGGUGAAUGAAGAUUCUACUGGUGAUGUAAUCGCUCUGCAAAAUCAGAUACGCCUCUUAAAGGAGGAGCUUUCUGCACUUAAAUGCCAUAAUAUCUCCAGAUCUUUAUCAUUUGGUACAACUUCCAUUGGGGGGGCUGGUGAUAAAACUGAUGGUGUGGAUGAUUAUCUACACUUUGAUCCGAGCGGUGUUGUCAGAAUGUCCAAUAAGCAGCUGAAAUCCUUGGAGACGACACUUGCGGGUGCUCUAAGAAGGGAACAAAUGGCGGAAAUAACCAUCAGGAAACUUGAAGCGGAGAUUGAGCAGUUGAACCGUUUGGUACGACAAAGAGAGGAAGAUACCAGGUGCACCAAGAUGAUGCUCAGAUUUAGGGAAGACAAAAUCCAAAGGUUGGAAUCUCUGCGUGUUGGUUCAAUCACUGCAGAGGUAUACCUGCACGAGGAGAACAAAACACUUUCUGAAGAGAUUCAGUUGCUUCAAGCCAAAGUUGGUCGGAAUCCUGAAGUAACUCGCUUCGCUUUGGAGAACAUUAGGCUUUUGGAUCAACUAAGGAGGUUCCAAGAGUUCUAUGAAGAAGGGGAGAGAGAACUGCUACUGGCAGAAGUAUCUAAACUGCGAGAUCAGCUGCUACAAUUCAUGGACGGAAACUCUGAACAGCCCAACCAUUUUAGCUCCGGCAUCCAAUCUCAGGAAGCCAUGCAGGCAGGCAAAGAAAAUGCUACACUCCAAUUAGAGUUGAGGAACACGUCCGAAGAACUGGAGGACUGCAGACGGAAUCUAACCUCUUGCCUAGAGGAAAAUGCAAAGCUUAGCAGAGAAAUGCAUCAUCUAAGUUGUAGGUUAGAUGACCUCAAUUCCCAAGACAACAAUGGAGAUGGCAAUUCCAAAAAGGGUUUAGGAGACAAACAUUCUCAAGAGCCACAAGGGAAGCACACAAUUCUGGGGAAUAAACACGCUGAAGAAAUCAUGGAUUUGCAGCUAGAGUUGGACAUUUUAAAGAUAAUUAUCAAAGAAGAGAGAACAUCGCAAGGCGAACUGGAGGAGAGAAUCAUCUGUUUGAAUGAAGAUCUUGAGCUGGCAACAGAGAAACUUUUAUCGACUACCAAAAGAUGUGAAGAUGUUACCAGUGAAUUGAAAGAAGCAAAGUCUGUAAUUGAAGCUCUUGAGUCUCAGCAAAUUCUUUCACUCAAUGAGAUAGAGGAUCUUCAGAGCAGCAACCGCAAUUCUAUGAAACUUUUGAGCUUAAAAGAGAUAGAAAUUGUAGCACUAAAGAAGCAACUUUCAAGCAAAAGGUUCAGAGAUCAAGAAUCUAGUAAAGGUGCAGAAAGUGAGGACUCGCCCAUGCAGGCGAGGUUGAAGAAGAUGCACGAUUCUCUUGAGAAGGCUAAGCAGCUGAACAUGUGGUACCAGAACAAUCAUGCGUUUCAAGUGUCCAAUGAAGAAGAAAUGGAUAAAGUUUGCAAACAAGCUGAAGCUGAAACUGCCGAGGUGAUUGUCUGCAUGCAGGAAGAACUUACCAUUCUUCAGCAGCAAGUUCUUGAUAGUCAGGUGAGAGAGAUGGAGACCAAACAAAAUACAGUGAUGCUUCAAACUGAACUAAAGGAUCUCCAGGAAAAACUCUAUCUUGUUACUGAAAAUAACAAGCAGCUAAUCGGUCUGCUCGAAAACAGAGACAGAGAACUCCAGACAUUGUCAGAGGAAUGGAAACUUUUGACAUGUGAGAUUGAAGAAGUACUUGCCGAUGGGAAUGAAUCACUUGCUGUUGCUUCUGAUGAGCUGGGCCACAUAUCCAACUCUUUCCCUCAGAAAAGGAUCUGGAUUGCCGAGCAUUUCAGUCAAAUGAUUCGAACGGUAUCUGAGAAGGAUCUGAUGAUUGAAGAACUCAGCAGAUAUUUAGAAGAUGCAAACAAGAAAAGAAAUGAUUUGGAUUGCAUGUUGAAGUCUUUGAGAGGAGCAGCCCUGGCCAUUACUGAAGCACACCAACAGGAGUGCACUGAAAAGGAGAGAGAAAUUGUCUUAUUGAUUUCACAGUUGGAGGCAACAGCACAUAAACAGUCUAAGCUGAUGGAGAGAGUUAAAUUUGCAGAGAAUAACAUAAAAAAUGCAUCAACUACGGCAACAGCUGCUUUUGUAGUUGUGAAUAGAUUGUCCGAAGUAAAUCACAAUAACAUCACAAAAUUGGAGCAAAAAGAUAUCCUUUUACGUGAGUCGGCAGAUAUGAACAUGAAGAAGGAUAUCUUUCUCAGCGAACAGGCUGCGACUCUUGAGGAAUCGAAGAAGGAGAUUGACUCUCUAAGAAAGGAUCUAGCACAUGUGGAAAAUGCUUGUACGGUACUAAGAAAGGAGCGCUUAGAGGAGCAGCAACAUCUGUUUGUUAUGGAGCGGAAGCUAGAACGGAGGGAAGAAAGUGACAUUAUGAAGGCGAGAGAUAAAUUAGAUGAGCUUAAAACUGGCGUAUCCAUGCUCAGGUCUUGCAUGAGUGAUUACUUAGAGCAUGAUGAGAGUCCUCAAGGAACUGAUGAACAAUUAUUAUAUGCAUCUUCCAGCAAAAAGGUUGACAGACUGAUAAAUUCUGAAACAUCUACUGAAAAGAGCUUGAAUUUAAGAGCCAUUGAGGGUCCGAGUGGUGAUGACACUUCCUGUUCUUUUCUGGUGGGGAAUACUGUGCCUCCAUACUCAUAUGAUAGAGAUAUCACAAUCAGUCUUCUAAGAAAAGAGAUAGAAUGUGCCUUGGAAAGUUUAAAACAAGUGCAAACUGAGAUGGCCCAACUUUACAGGGAGAAAGAAGAGAGACUGUUGUCUGAGGAGAGGGGCAGGGACAGAGCAAAAUGGCUCACAAAUCAGCUGCUCUCCCUAGAAGGAGUCAUGAGGAACUUUGAAGAGCAAUCACAACUUAAGAUAGAAGCUCUUAAUCUUAAGAUGCAUACUGUUGGCCAAACUGUGAAGAAUGCAAGCAGAGAUUGGUGCAAGACAAAAGAGUUGCUUGAAUGUGAAGUUGGUGAUGCUGAGAUAGUUGCAGCAGAAAAGUCUGCGGAGGCUUCUCUUAUUCUAGCUAAAUUCGAAGAGGCUCAGGAUACCCUGAAAGAAGCUGAUACCAUAAUCAAUAAACUAGUGAUGGCAAAUGAAGCAAUGAAACUCGAUAUCAGUAAGCUGGAAAAAAAUCUAGGGUCAUUAAUGGAGGAGAGGGACAUGCUAUUGAAUGAGGUUCAAAGCUUGCAAUCUAUCAGCUCUCAAAAGCAUCAGCAGAUUGACAGCCUUGAAGAGCAUAUUAGCUUGCACAUGGCAGAAACCAGAGAUUUGCUUGCAGGGCUGCACGAAAUUGCUGGAGAGUUCCAGAGCACUUUCGAAGAACAGUUCUCAUUACUAGCCACCGACUUCAACAGCAUGAAAUUUCAAGUCUCAAACUCCACAAAGUUAGUGAAGUCAUGGCUUGAAGAGAUCUGGUCUGAGAUAAUUGUUAGGGAUUGCGCUGUGUCAAGCUUACACCUUUGUCACAUAGGAAUUAUGUUGGAAACAGUAACUGGACUGAAUGCUGAGAAUGGUCUGCUCCAGCAUGGCCUACAUAAAAAAAAUUCUCUCCUCACUGAUCUGAGAGAGCACAAUCUUAGGUCGAAAAAGGAGCUGGAAGUAUUCAGAAUCCUCAAGGGAAAAUUGCUAGCUGACAUCAAGAACAGCUUCGAUCGCAUCUUGAGGAAAGAAGAGGAAGCUGGGGAUAUGAGUAAUAAGCUAACCGGUUUUGAGAAAAAGUUAUUAGACCUACAGUAUCAGGAGGAGUUGAUGUUAGAAAGGUCUAACCACAUGGGAUCUCAACUUGCUAUUUUGACGAAGGAGUUGGACUGGACUAGCUCAAAUGCCAUAAAUUCCCUUCUGGAUCAGGUGAAGCUGAUGAGAGCAGAAGAAGAGGCCUCGCAUUCUGAGCUUGAGCUCCUUAGACUAGACUUAUGCUCAAAAGACUUUGAGUUGCUUAUCUUGCGCAAGGAGAUUGAAGAGAUGGCUCUCCAAAAGGCUAAUUUAAACAGCAAGAACAUCAAUUGUUCUGCAGCUCUACACAAUCUGACGAGGGAAAUCAUUAUAUCCAAAGUUGAGGGAGAGUUAAAAAAGCAGGUAUUAUUAGACAAUGAGAUUCAGAUGUCUCUUCUAAAGAAAGAAAUUGGGGAAGCAGACAGUAAGAGACUAGAUAUGUCAACUAAGCUCAGUGAAAGCAACUCAAGGAUUUUACAGAGGGAUGGUGUUAUUAGAGCUCUUGAGCAAGAUCUUCAGCUACUAAAGGAAGUUGAUCAUGCAAACGGUAUGUUGCAAGCUGAACUUUCAGAAAGUAAAACUACUGAGAUGAGACUCUUGAGCCAGAUUGAAUCACUUGAAGCUGAUCAGGAGAAAAUUGCAGUGAAUCUCAGAACAAAGGAGACAGCACUAGACUGCUCGUCCAAUCAAAUGUCGUCCCUGCAUCAGCAAAAUCAGAAGUUGAAGGGGGAUGUUUGCUCGCUGAAAUCUUCAUUGGAGGUAUUCCAAAGUGAGUUGGAUCAGAAGAAUCAGGAACUGAGCAGAAUGGUGGGGCUGAGGAAGGCGCAUGAGGUUCUUAACAUGGAGAUGAGUAAGUUGAAAAACGAAAAAAAAUUAGUUCUCCAAGAUUUAGCUGAGAAAAAGUCGGAAUGCGAAUCAUCAUUAAGCAGCAUAGACACGUUCAAUAAGGAGAACAUCAGGUUGAAUGAUCAGAUUAUUUUAUUGGAGACUAGCAUUGUCAGUCUAAAGACUGAUUUGGAUGAGAAAGAUGCUCAGUUGCAUGAAAUUGAGCAUUCUAGAUCUUUACUCUUGGAGGACUUAUCGCGGAAAGGGGAAAAACUUCAGUUAUAUACGCAUUCCUUAAGUAAUUUGGAGAACGAGAAUAAGCUUUUGAGGAAAACGCUUCAAGUUACUGAAAAAGGCAUUGAGUUACUCAUUGCAUCUGGCUUGGAAUCUAAAAUUUGCAUUGAGCUCGUCAAUACUAUUGAUAUCUCCAAUGGCAGAUUAUAUGAUGUAAUCGCAAGCGGUGCUUUUAGGAGUAUGGGCAAUAUGUUGGAGCAGAUACAUGAAGAUGCGGAACAAAUAUCUAUGUUCAUAGAACAGGUUGAAUGCUUUGAUCAACAUGUUAAAGAGUUAAUGGCUGACAACUUGACUCUCCGGACUGAGUUGUUGAGGAAGGAUGAUGUUCUAAAGGGACUAUUGUUUGAUCUCAGCUUGUUGCAGGAGUCUGCUUCUAAUACAAUUGAUCAAAAGGAUGAAAUUGAAGAAAUGGCAGCCAAUUUGGAGUCGCUAGAGAAUGAACUUGCUGGAAAAACAGACGAGCUUGAUGAGGCUAUUGCUCGCAGUCAAAAGCUUGAGGCCGAAUUGCAGGAAAAAGUGCAUACCAUCUCUGUUCUUGAGUUGGACAUAACGAAAGAAUAUGAGAAGCUAGAUUCUCUUUCUAAGGAAAAUAUGGAUCUGAAAGCUUGUUUACAAAGAGCUUUAGCAGAAAAAGGUUCUGCUGAGGAGGACCUAGUAGAGAGAAGCAAAGAAAUUGAGAGUUUGGAGAUGGAGCUUUCAGCAAUGGGCAAUGCUAUUGACCAAAUGAAUGACUCGAUGGAGUACUUGAAAAGCAACUUAGACGAACUUACUCUUGAGAGGGAUCAGUUCCAGGCUGAGGUGCUUACACUACAAGAGAAACUUGAAAAGGCAUGGGCCACAGCUCACAACAACGAAGCAGUUGCUAUAGAGGCGCAAAGGAGGGCUGAAGAAAGAGAGACCUAUGCUCUUGACAAGGAAGAGGAAGUAAAGUUGCUGGAGAGGUCCGUGGAAGAGCUUGAACAUACUAUAAAUGUGCUGGAAGACAAGGUUGACAUUGUUAAAGGGGAAGCUGAACGGCAACGUUUAUUGAGAGAAGAGUUGGAAUUGGAGCUUCAUUCCAUAAAAAGUCAGAUGCAGAAUGUUCAAAAUGCUGAUGCUGACAUUAAAAGGCAUCUAGAUGAGAAAAAAGCAGACCUUGAGAAAUCCCUGAAGCAAGUCCAGAUGUUGGAGAGGGAAAUUGCAGAAAAGGAUGCAGAGACUGUACAACUUAAAGCACAUAUCACUGAGAUAAAUUUGCAUGCCGAAGCACAGGCAAGUGAGUACAAGCAAAAGUUCAAGGCACUGGAAGCAAUGGCAGACCAAGUAAAGCCUGAGGGCUCUUUCACCCAAAACACAAAUCAGUUGUCCUACAAAUCAGAGAAAAACACCUCCAAGCCUAGGGGCUCAGGAUCCCCUUUCAAAUGCAUUGGAUUGGGUUUGGCACAGCAGGUGAAAUCUGAGAAUGUUGAGGAACUAACUGCUGUGAGGCUGCAGAUUGCUGAGCUUGAAUCAUUAGUCAUCAGUAAGCAAAAAGAGAUAUUCUCCUUGAACGCUAAACUAGCUGCUGCUGAGAGCAUGACACAUGAUGUAAUCAGAGACUUGCUUGGAGUCAAGUUGGACAUGAACUCUUAUGUGUCAUUGUUGGAUAAUCAACAAGUGGAGAAGGUAAUCGAGAAGCCUCAUUUGCAAAAAUCAGAAUCUCAGUCGGAGGAGGUAAUGAAGCUGAAGAAACAGCUCAAUGAAUUUGUUGAUGAAAGGAAAGGAUGGCUCGAGGAAAUUGAAAGAAGGCAGGCUGAAUUGGUAGCUGCCCAAAUCACAUUGGAAAAGCAUCACCAGCAAGAGCAGCUGCUCUCAACUGAAAACGAAUUGCUUAAGAUUGAGAAUGUGAAGUGCAAGAAGAAGAUGACAGAGCUUCAAGAUGAAAUUUCAAAGCUAAGUGGCCAGCAGAACCUCCAGCAGCGCAUUCAUCAUCAUGCCAAAAUCAAGGAAGAGAAUAACAUCUUGAAGAUUCAAGUUGAAGAACUGGCUACUAAACUGAGGCGAGCCGAGGUUAUUCUUUCACGUUUCAAGGAAGAGCAAGCUCACCGUCGUGCUUCUGUUGGGAAGAGUCCGUACUUAAAUUUUGAUGAGGAACAAAGGUGGAGUGACAAGGUUAAGGAAGCUGAGGAGGAGAAGUUGCAAUUAGCACAGAAGCUAUUGGGCUUGUGUACCAGGAUCCUAACGGUUGCUGGAUUUAGCAAACCACGUUCAGAAAUUUGCCCCUCCAUUGCUGAAGAGGCUCUCGAGCAACUGAAGGACAGAAUAACUUCGAUGGAGAGUGAACUGCAUGAUCUUAAAAAUAAGGAUAGAAUUGACAACGAAAGAGCUAGGUUGUCCGAGCUUAUGCCGCAACAGGAACAGCAUUCACCCAUAAACCGCCGACCGGACGAGACCUACAGGACUUCAAGGAGGGUGUCCAGAACUCCAUUCCUUUCUACCUUAGAUCGAUAGCGAGGGAUUCUUUACGACCAAACACAUUUGCUGUAGCAUUUGUACAGUAUAUUAUACAGCUGAGGAAAUUUUAGGCGUUUCCUCUUUAUUUUGGUUGUUGUUCUUCUUCAUUUACAAUACGUGUGUACUCGAUUCUUCUGGGUGUUAUAUAUGUAUAUUGUCAUAUAAGAUGUAAAUGAUUGGGGGUACUCUUACGAUCCAUUGUCCCACCAAGGGAGCAAUCAACGUGUUGUAUAAAAUCUUCAGGUGUGUAUUUUAA